UGUCAGACUGUAGAUGUAGGAAGUGCUGUGCAUCCCAAAUAGAGGACCACACCCCAGGGGUCUCCAGGAGACUGAAGGUGGCAGAGGAGCCCCUCAUAUCUCCCUGGGCGGCGUCCUGGGUCCAGUGCCCUGCAUGGCAGGCAUAGCUGUGGACACAGGACCAGUGCUAACCUUGGCUGCCGGGGCAGAGCACGUGUGGGCAUCACGUCCAUAUAUCCUCCCUGUGUUGUGGCCCUGGGCAGGGUCUCCCGUGUUUUAGAUAAGCAAGUGGGGCUCAUGCACUGGUUUGGGGGGACUGGUGAGGACGCAGACAGCAUGACUCCAGGGACUGUGGUGCCCUUAACCAGGUGUGGGUGUUAGUGGGACACCUGCAGAUGUUGGAGUGAGCAUGGUGACUGGGGCAGGGUCAGGGGAGGACAGUUGGUCUUUUUGGAGCUCACAGGAGCCCCAGUUGGAAAAUGGGGCCCUGGGACGCUGGUAUUGUACCCUGCUCCUGGUGGGCUCAGCGGUAACACAGGGCCCAGGCCUGCCGUGCGGCUCAGGCAGCUCAGGAGGCAUCUGCCCAGCAUCCACAGUAAGAGGGCCCUGGCAGGGCUGCCCUGGGUUCUAGUUACAGAAGCAGCUCUGUGCCUGGUCAGGGGCUGGGAUGGGAGCAGACAGAUGCCUGGUCGUGGGCGAUAGCUCCAGGCAGGAGAGCCCCAGAGGGAGGGCUAAGGGGCUGGGGCUGGGCAGGUGUGAGGGGCUCCAGGCCACACUGCCCAGGGCACAGGGCCCCAGCGUGGAAGGUGUACAACAGAGGGUUCGUGGGAGCCGCCACCUGCAGCCCCCGAAAGGGUGGGGCGUGCCCAGAAGCAGCAGGCAGGUAGUCAGUCACCUGUGCGCGUCCACUCCUUGCAGGACCUCCUCGCUGCGGUGGAACUCAGGCACCAAAGAGCGCAUGCUCAUCAAGGUCGCUGACCGCGAGCCCAGCUUUCUCGCCGCCCAGGGCAAUGGCUACACCCCAGAUGGCCCCCCCGGGGUCCGCUCCCGCAGACCCUCUGGCAGCCAGCACUCGCCCGGCCUGCAGACCUUCGCCCCAGAGGCUGACGGCACCAUCUUCUUCCCAGAGAGGAGGCCGUCACCCUUCCUGAAGAGGGCCGAGCUCCCCGGGAGCAGCUCCCCGCUGCUGGCCCAGCCGCGAAAGCCCUCCGGGGAUUCGCAGCCCUCCUCCCCGCGCUACGGCUAUGAGCCCCCGCUCUACGAGGAGCCCCCAGUGGAGUACCAGGCCCCCAUCUAUGAUGAGCCCCCCAUGGACGUGCAGUUCGAGGCAGGCGGGGGCUACCAGGUCGGCUCUCCCCAGCGGUCACCGGGCCGCAAGCCCCGGCCAUUCCUUCAGCCCAACAAGCAGGGGCCCCCCUCGCCCUGCCAGCAGCUGGUGCUUACCAAGCAGAAGUGCCCCGAGCGCUUCCUGAGCCUGGAGUACAGCCCCGCGGGCAAGGAGUACGUGCGGCAGCUGGUCUACGUGGAGCAGGCGGGCUCCAGCCCCAAGCUGCGCGCGGGACCACGGCACAAGUUCGCGCCCAACCCCGGCGGCGGCUCCUACUCGCUGCAGCCCAGCCCCUGCCUGCUGAGGGACCAGCGCCUGGGCAUCAAGUCCGGAGACUACAGCACGAUGGAGGGGCCUGAGCUGCGGCACAGCCAGCCGCCCACGCCGCUGCCACAGGCGCAGGAGGACGCCAUGUCCUGGUCCAGCCAGCAGGACACUCUGUCCUCCACAGGCUACUCCCCGGGCACGCGCAAGCGAAAGAGCAGAAAGCCCUCUCUGUGCCAGGCCGCCAGCGCCACCCCCAGUGAGGGCCCCGGGGACUUGCUUGCUGAGCAGCCGCUGGCCGAGGAACAGCCCCCGUGCGGGACCAGCCUCGCCCCGGUGAAGCGAGCGGAAGGUGAGGCCGACGGGGCGCGGGGCGCGGCCGAGCCCUUCCUGGCGCAGGCUCGGCUGGCCUGGGAGGCGCAGCAGGCCCACUUCCACAUGAAGCAGAGGAGCAGCUGGGACUCCCAGCAGGACGGCUCUGGCUACGAGAGUGACGGCGCCCUGCCACUGCCCAUGCCCGGGCCCGUGGUGCGCGCCUUCAGCGAGGACGAGGCGCUGGCCCAGCAGGAGAACAAGCACUGGAGGAGGGGCACCUUCGAGAAGCUUGGCUUCCCCCAGAUCCUGCUGGAGAAGAGCAUCUCUGUGCAGACCAACCUGGCCUCACCGGAGCCCUACCUCCACCCCUCACAGUCUGAGGACCUUGGUGCCUGUGCCCAGUUUGAGAGCAGCCGGCAGAGCCGCAGCGGCAUGCCCAGCUCCAGCUGCGUCUUCCCCACCUUCACGCUGCGCAAGCCCUCCUCGGAGACCGACAUCGAGAACUGGGCCUCCAAGCACUUCAAUAAGCACACGCAGGGCCUCUUCCGGCGGAAGGUGUCCAUUGCCAACAUGCUGGCCUGGAGCAGCGAGUCCAUCAAGAAGCCCAUGAUCGUGACCAGCGACCGGCACGUGAAGAAGGAGGCCUGUGAGCUCUUCAAGCUGAUCCAGAUGUACAUGGGCGACCGGCGGGCCAAGGCCGACCCGCUACACGUGGCCCUGGAGGUCGCCACCAAGGGCUGGAGCGUGCAGGGCCUGCGGGAUGAGCUCUACAUCCAGCUGUGCCGGCAGACCACUGAGAACUUCCGCCUGGAGAGCCUGGCCCGUGGCUGGGAGCUCAUGGCCAUCUGCCUGGCCUUUUUCCCUCCCACUCCCAAGUUCCACUCCUACCUGGAAGGCUACAUCUACCGGCACAUGGACCCAGUCAAUGACACCAAAGUGACACAGCACAUAAAAGAGCUUCUGGAAAGAAACACUAAGAAGAAGUCCAAAUUGAGAAAGAAACCCAAGCCUUAUGUUGAAGAGCCGGAUGGGGUGGCGAUAAGCACAUAUGCCAAGUACUGUUACCACAAGCUGCAGAAGGCAGCCCUCACCGGGGCCAAGAAGGGGCUAAAGAAGCCCAACGUGGAGGAGAUCCGGCAUGCCAAGAACGCCGUGUUCAGCCCAUCCAUGUUUGGCAGUGCGCUGCAGGAGGUCAUGGGCAUGCAGCGGGAGCGCUACCCCGAGCGCCAGCUGCCCUGGGUGCAGACGCGGCUCUCUGAGGAGGUGCUGGCACUCAACGGUGACCAGACAGAGGGCAUCUUCAGGGUCCCGGGGGACAUUGAUGAGGUGAAUGCCCUGAAGCUGCAGGUGGACCAGUGGAAGGUGCCCACAGGCCUGGAAGACCCCCACGUCCCUGCGUCCCUGCUGAAGCUGUGGUACCGGGAGCUGGAGGAGCCCCUGAUCCCGCACGAGUUCUACGAGCAGUGCAUUGCGCAUUACGACAGCCCCGAGGCGGCGGUGGCCGUGGUGCACGCCCUGCCCCGCAUCAACCGCAUGGUGCUCUGCUACCUCAUCCGCUUCCUGCAGGUGUUCGUGCAGCCGGCCAACGUGGCGGUCACCAAGAUGGAUGUGAGCAACCUGGCCAUGGUGAUGGCGCCCAACUGCCUUCGCUGCCAGUCCGACGACCCGCGCGUCAUCUUCGAGAACACCCGCAAGGAGAUGUCCUUCCUGCGCGUGCUCAUCCAGCACCUGGACACCAGCUUCAUGGAGGGCGUGCUGUAGCGGGGGAGCCCGGGGAUGGGACCGGCCUCAGCCAGGCCGAACCCCGCACUGGCUCUCUCAGCAGAGGGACCCAAAUCGCCCGGCCCAGCACCGGAGCCCCCCUCCCCUCUUCCCCAGGCCCUCGGCCCGGCCCUCCCCAGGUCUUUUGCCUGAUCUGAGGGUGCAGCCAGGGCAGAGCAGCGACGGGGAGGGCGCCUCUGGCCCCCCACCUCACGGCCAGCUCCCGCGGGUACCGCCUCGCCCUCCGCUGGCCGCGGGUCAGCUCCGAGAAAGUGCCUUCUGUGUCCUGGAGCCGAGCGACACUGCCCGCCUUGGGGCCGGGCUGCCUCCCGCGCGCCCUGGCCUGGGCCUCGCCCGCCUCGCCCGUCUCUCCUUCCCUUUCUCCAGUCGUUGUCCUGCAGGCCUGCAGCUCUUCCCAGCCCCGAGGGAGCUUCCCGACCUGUCCCCGCCUCCUCUUUCCCCCGCUCGGCCUGCGGUCCCCAGCUGGGGACUGCUCAGGAGUUUGGGGCCUCCAGGGCAGUGGGCCCAGGGCCUGGCAGGCGCUGUGUGGGUGGGGUGGGGCCCCCAAACCAAAGUCGUCUGGGGUAGGGGGCAGGGCUGGGCAAGCAUUCUAGGGGCAGGCGGGGGAGGGGCGAGAGUAUUUUUUCUUCGUGUAACUAUAAAUCCAGAAUCUAUCCUGCAUCGCAGCCCACCUGUGUAUAGAGAUAUAAAUAGAGGGAAAGAUAUAAGAACUAAAUUUGCUAAUGACAUAGUUUUAACCUAAAUGCUAUUUAUCUCUGAGCCGCCCCCGUCCUCCGUGCAGAGCAAGUUGCUGUCAUUCCUUCUUUUCUUCUCCAAUCUUUUUUCUUGGCUUCUGACCAAAAACCAAGCCUACCCCACCCCAUCCCAGACCCGCGGCAGACAAGCGGGAAGGCGCCGCGCCCAGGACUGCAUGUCCUCAAGGCCAGAGCUGCUGGGGGACCGAGUUUGUACAUUUUCCAUUUUGGAAUUUUGAGUUCCAACUGUUGUAAAACUUAAUUUCUCCCCGGUUUUUAUAUAUCUAUUUUUUAGAGUUCGUUUUUAUUUAUUAAAAACAAAAGGCCCAGCCCUGCCGAGGCCCAGGCGGCGUCCUCAGUCGGGUGGUCUCCGGGCCGUCGCGGCCCAGCCCGGCCGCAGGCGCUCGUUCCGACAGGCGGCGACACGCGUGAAUAAAGUGCACGUGGACCCUG